AUGAGUACUUUGCGAUCAAAUUGUGCAGUUUGCGGAAAAUCGGAAGACCUUAUUCGAUGCGAAGAAGGCUGUAAGUACAUGUUAUACUGUGGUCAGCCUCAUCGGCUAGCUGAUGUAGCGAACCAUGCAGUGGCAUGCGAUGCAGUGAAGAGGUCAAAAGCCAAACUUGAUACUGAAGACAGACUGUUGCGUAAUCCCAUGUUGGCGCACAAUUUGUUCGAAGUAGCAAAGGGCAAUUUUUGGAGAAUCGACGAUACGCGUAACUAUAUGAAAGCACUCUAUUCUCAUAUGGAUUACUUGAUGAAAAUCAAAACCUACGGUGCUGUCAAAGCUGCUUUCGGAUAUGCAGUGAAUGCAUUUGAAUUGUGCCGUACUGAUUGUUUGAUGGUGCGAUUGGUGGUUCCAGCAAUAUAUGUACGACUGGGAAAGGAUCAAGAAUGCUACGAUUUCAUCAAGUAUAGUGCAGUGGUCGGUGGAGACUUCAAUUGGCCGAAUACGAGUAUUAGGGAUGCUGAUGUUUUUGAACCGAUUGAUGUAUUCGAUGGAGAAACGCGCACCUUGGAAUUUGCCUUAGCAGCGUUCCUGAUCAAAAUGAAACUUUUGACGGAUGUCAGAACUCUACAAAACUCGCUCUUUCUGUACACGUACCUUCCGUUUCCGUCAGAACUUGUUGAUCGUAUCCGCAAAUUAGCUGUCGGCGAAAUCGUUGCGGAGCGGACGGCCAUUUUCAAUAGUCAAAAUCAAAAUCCACUCAUCCAAACGUUAGUGUUGCAGAUUAAGCAGCUGUAUCAGGUGGUUAAGAAAGCGAAUCCCUACUUUUGGUCUGGUUUCCUCGAUCCUGCAGAAUUUUUGGCAGCAAGACCACCUACUUACUAUGAUGGAACUAUAGAACAUGCUCAGACAGCAGUUCAAGUUUAUUACGAAGCGUUCGUCGAAACACCUGGAUCAAUUAAUAUGGCCCGAGAAAUAGCCGAAAAAGAUGGAUAG